GCUGUACCCCCAGCCAUUCAACGAGUAUACAGCCCACCUAUGAUUGAGGGCCAAGUUCUUCCACAGAGUCCUCAGCAUCAACUGGGGCAAUACCAGCAGCCUGCAGCACAUGGGGUUAGUGUUAUAGCUGCUGUGCACUCUGGACUCGCUCAACAUCAUUACCAGGACCUGAGCACAGCAUACCCAGUUGUGCAGCCAACCACAGUCCCGUCUGCCCAGUUCGGGGCUGCUCCUCCUGUAUUAUCCAGCCAGCAACCACUUCAACACCAAGCUCUUCUACAGCAAAUCCCAGCUGGGCAGGCUGUUUGUCCUGUGCCACCUACCUCCCAUACAUACCCUCAGUACCAGCCCUCGCUCACGCCGGCUCCUCUGAAACCACUACAAAUUCCUACAGUACCACUACAACAGCACCAGGUACCUGCAUCACAGGUCAUGGGUCUUUCCCAGUAUAAAGUGGACUUAACUACCCCCGUAGGAGUGUUCCCGGUUGCAACGAUGAUGUCACCACCUGUGCACUUUCCUUCAGAAAUUUCCCAGCUAUUGCAAGGACAGGAUCACCUUUCCCAAGCUUCUCUACCACAUACCAUGCCACAUACUGAGACAAUCGUGGCUGAGAAUCAGAGUAUGUCCUAUCCAAGUCCUGGCAUUUCCCAGCCUCCUGAGUCACAUAACCUUUCUCAAUGCCAAGCCGCACGGUCAUUUGCAGAAUCUGCUCAUGAGGAACAGCACAAUCAAGAAAAUCUGCCAAGCUCAAAUCAAAGCUUUGAUAAUUACAUAGGUUCUGAUGCCGCUUCUGGUAAAGAAAUGAGUGAUGGAUGCGAGGGUAUACAAGGCGGUAAACACGAUGGAAAACCAGCCAAGAAACAUCAUCGGAGGUCAUCGCGGACUCGUUCCCGCCAGGAGAAGACCAAUAAGCCUAAACUAACUAUUCUUAAUGUGUGCAACACUGGAGACAAGAUGGUAGAAUGCCAGCUGGAAACACACAACCACAAAAUGGUUACCUUUAAAUUUGACUUGGAUGGCGAUGCUCCAGAGGAGAUUGCUACAUAUAUGGUGGAAAAUGAAUUCAUACUGCAGAUGGAGAAAGAAAUUUUCAUUGAGCAGAUGAAGGAUGUCAUCGACAAGGCAGAGGACAUGCUGAGCGAAGACACUGAAGGGGAGAGAAGCUCCGAUCAAGGGGCAAGUCCUCAACAGACUGACUCCUUCAAGGCAGAAAUGAGGGAG